AUGUCAAUGGAACACCCACGCGAGGCGCCGCAUCAAACAAGCGACCUUACCUUCGCCUCUCUUUACCGCCAGUAUCGUCUGGCACUACUGCAGGGAGCCGACCAGGCCAAAUGCGAAAUGAUUGGGGGUCGAGGUGACGACGACUCGUUCUCUCUUAUUCUUAGCGCGCCCCGGGACUCCAGGCUCAAGCAAGCGGGAGGAAAAGGAACCAGCGAAACCGAGCGGAAAGCGAAUGGAGCAAAUCUGGGCAAGCUCUCUGAAAAAGUCGGCCGACCAUGGCUUUCCCGAGCACUGGCCACUGGGGCAGGAGCACUCGGAUCGCUCGGUGUCGAAGGGACAAAUUUUUUCCUUCCAAUUUUCUCAGUCUUCCUUCCUAUGCCCCCACUUGGCGAACGACGUUCCUGGAUGCUCAACCCCACUGUCGUCAUGAAUUUCUCCUUUGCUUUUCCCUCCCUCUGGACGCCGCUGCCCGACGCCUCAGGAGCCUCAGUAGCCUCAGGAGAGACCCAGGCCUGGCGACAAUUUCUGUACGGAUGUCAUUUACGCGAGGUGCAGAUACGCAGUACGCGGGUGAUACAGCGGCAACACUACCACGUCCACCAAUCCAACUUGAGAGUUAAGACAGUACGGAGUAGUGUACAGUCCAUUACAGUAUGUUCCGGCCGACGUGCUCCGCACACGGACAGUCACGGCCGUCACUGCGAUGGGACGAUGCUCUACACAUGGCUCGAUCGGGACUCGAAGGGGGCAGACGCAUUGCACAAUGCAACUAAGAGGGUUUUCUCACCUUUGCCUACAGCGAAACGCUUCACGCUCGAGGCAUACCGAAACCUCCCGGUGGUAACCCCUUCAUACCUCGUUAGAAUCAGAUUGCAACACGCGCGAAGCCCAAAAGCGACAUCUCGUGAUCUCGCAUCCUUCUCGCAUCACUCCUCGCAAGCCGCAAACCCGCCCCCAAAAUAUCAUCUCUUGGCUGUGACUGGGCCUCCGGGGUGGUCUCCCCCUUCCUACCUGUGUGCAGGCAGCUGUGCAUGCCGACCACUUUGCGCUCUGCCAAUCGAUGCGAUUCCCCGCCCAUAUGCGGGAGACGCCGAAAGAGCGAUGCCACCAGUCGCUACCCGUUCUAUGCUGCAAGAUGCAAAGCUUCGGUGGUGGCUAGCCUCGACUUAUUGCGGAGGAUGCAAGAUAAGCAUGUGGGAUAUGGUUGCGAUGGUGACAAUCUCGGCGGUGCGUGCAACGUGCAAUUCAUCUGACUUUGCUCAAGCUAACAGGCUUGCUUACACAGCAAGUCAGACGACCGACGGACGAGUGCAUACACUGGCGGCUGCUGCUGCUAUCGCGCGGUCGUUGAUGAUUGAUCUGCGAGCAGCAGAGGCCAGACCGCGAACUUCGCGGACUUGGAUGAUCCCGAGCCCGACGUCUCUCUGUCCGCCACAUGGAUGUCAUCCAUCAAAACCCACCAGACUAGGCGCCCUGUCUUGGCAUGGUCAGGGAUCGUCUUUUGACACUUUCGCCGCGUGCGCCAUAUUGGCAUCAUGGAUCACCCAUACCUCUAAACGGCGACUAACUCAGAAAACUUGUGACGACCAUCACAUAUCCAUCGGGCACAACACUAAUCAGAAGCCUGUCUUUGCACCGGCGUUCAGUACAAGUGCCUCUCUUGCGCCAGACCGGCGACUAGUGGCUAGGUGCUUUGGGUUCUGCAGCCGCUUCAAUGUCUGCAGACGGCUUCUCGAGACUCAACGUCGUCAGGCAGGUUUAUACUUCCGCUACAUAUUGAAGUCCCGUGGCCUGCAGGUCCUACCCGUCACCGUAUCACCUUGGCACCACCGGCAGCAUUCAUCGUCAUUAAGAGGCUCCAGCGCACUUGGCGGUCUUGGCAGUUUGAUACUGUCUGUGCUAGGUACCUCCUCCGUACAAUACCGAACACGGCAGCCAGUCACGUUCCCGCGUACUCGCGUAACCCACAAACCACAGGUUGACAGUACCGACAAGGGGGCGAGCUCGGCGGAAGUGUUUGCAGCAGCUUCUGCCUCUCUCGACCACUCCAGUGUCGGUACCAACGUCCACUCCUUCAACGAGCCCAAGAAAAGACAAUCGGCGAGCAAGAGAAUUCACCUGGGUUUUUGGGGCCCUGGCAAUAAUCGAGAUUGUGAGCCUGCAAAAUCGAAAUUUGAUGGAACGACGGUGGCCCGGCCAUCGGCGGACUUUUCCCACUCCUCCCGCCCCGUUUCCACCUCGGAAUCUUUGAGCGGGCCUCAGAGAGAGACAGGCGCAACCGCCGGUGCGCACAACCUCCGAGCGAUCCGGAGAUUCAUGAAGUCGCUCAUGAUCUGGAGGAGUCGCAGCGAAUCCCCGCCUCCCUUGCUUGCUUGUAUCACACACGCGCUGCAGCCUGUAUUCGCUUUAGCAGUUGUCUGCUGUUGUCUCACAUCAUCCAUGCGUCUCGCACGUGCCCUUCACGGAUUACUGGCCUUCUGCCGAGUUCACUGGCACCCAACAUUCCGCUAUGUCGAAGAUAGCAUGAAUGCCAGAACCGCGACGUGGCCCUUGUGGCCGGGACACAGACGGGCAUUGGUCCCCCAGGCGAGUCUGAUUGGUUUCUGUGUGCAUGAGACUGUGACAACCCUCCCAACUAUUGGGUUCAGUGGUGUGGAUGGUCAGACUGGCAUGAGCCUGCUUCAUGAGGAGCCCCCGUCUGCAAGGCAGAGAACGGUGGUUCCCUCUGGAGUGGGAUCGCCCUGGUUGUCGGAGGUGGUGAUUCUCCUUGAGCCGCCCCGGCGUUCGGCGUUAAUCGGAGGGCGGGAUUCCCCUGAGAACGGCCGCGCCGGGCGGAAGCCAAGCCGGAUUCGCCAGUUGAUUCCCUACCUGGUUCUCAGUCUCUUGCACACACUUGCUAUGAUUGAGGCUCUCUCUCGAGUCGAAACAAACUUUCCAGAUGGCAGAGAACGGGAGUCUCAUGGUCGCUGCACAUGGGAUAAGAGUGUUUCGAGUGUCUACUCCCCGAACGGGAGCAACCGAGUCGGCAACAUGACCUGGCUUCAGCAUGGUGCUCGAUGGAGUCGUGCCGAGAAGUGGACGAAAUGCAUGAUUACUCUCAUUGGUGUCGUCUGUGCUGUCAAAGUCAGGCCGUACUCUCUCGUCAUGGUAGCGGCGGGAGGUUUCUCUCUGGAGUUCCUCUACCUGCUUUCACGGUUUGGAGAAUAG